UGAAAAUUUUCAAAGCAAACAAAGCUGCUCUGUCUUUCUCUCUCUAUCUCUCUAUCCCCUUCUCUCUCUAUCCAGAACCUCCGAGAUUUGUAUUUGCGAGCAUCAAAUUAGGGUUCUACUGCCGUCCUUGUGCCGUUAAGUACUGAUUUCCGGCGAAGUCGUGUCUUUCCGACGACUUAUCUGUUUUAAGAUAAAAGAAGGAUUUGAGAUUUGAAUAUGACAUCUGACCAGUGUGCUGCAUGUGGCUUGAGUGCUGGUUGAAACAAAUCAAAGGAAUGUUAGAUUUGCAGUUAUACGAGCUAAAAUUCUGUAACUGGUGUUACAGCUUGAAGAUAUAUCUUGGGAUGAGUUCUGCCACAGCGAUGAUCAUAUAGUGCCACAUCCAAGUAGUGUGCACACCGAUGAACCACUCCCCCAGAACGAUAGCCGUAAGAAACCUCGCCAUGAAGUAAUUGGUUUAACAAGUAACACAGGCGAUCAAUCUACUGGUAAAUAUGCUAAUCAGCAAAAGGAGCAAAUACUUCCUCCAUUGAGUAAUAAAAACACCAAAAUGCUGGAAAAGGACCCCUGGGCCGAUGCACCUGAUGGUGCCAAAGUCGAAGACGUUUCACCAUCUGAAAAUACCAGGACAUCCAGUCGUCGUAUCAAGAGUAAUAAUGUAAACUCAAUUGAGAGCAAAUCCUGUUCUAAUGGUCGCCCUCUGGAUGACAAGAAUGCUGCUGUGGGGGAAAACGCAUAUAGCUAUCCAGUUGGUCCCAUUCCUCAGGCCGAUGAUGAUCUCAGCUUUUUGGACAAUAGUUGCGAGGGUAAAGACUCUAAUGAUCUCUUAUACUAUAGCUGGCCUGAGAUAGAGAACUUUGAGGAUGUUGACAGGAUGUUCAGGAGUUGUGAUUCAACAUUUGGAUUUGGACCUGGUAGUGAAGAUGACCUAGGUUGGCUUUCAUCAUCAGAUGUUAUUGAAGGAUCUGGAGAUGGAUUGACGUCAGCUUUUAAGUUUCCAUGUCCAGCAUCCACUGCACUUGGAAGUACAUCUGCAAGUCAUGAAACUUCAAAGCUAAAGGAAACAAACAUUUCAACUAAUACUUCUGUCACUGAAAAUCAAUCACUUGGCUAUAAUGGCAGUUCAUGGUCCUCCGAGAAAAAUGAAUCGGUAAAUCUGAGUCAAUUGUCUUUUGUAAAUGAAUCAAGUAAUUCAGAGUGCGAGUUAGUACCUGACAAGAAGAAGGCUGGGGUACAGGGUGGUGGAGUACAGGUCGAGAUUGCAUCUAAUAACCAACCACGAAUCAGCAAUGAUGUAGUGAAUAGCAUGCAAAGGAAACACUCCAAGCAUCAGAAUCGAUCUGAGGGUAAAAGAAAAUGCGGCUAUCUAGAAAAUGGCGACACAUUCAAUUACACUGAUAGCGUUCCAGAAGAGAAGAAGCAUCCUUCUGGCCCCCCAAGAACUCAAGUGAAUUUCACAUCUGCAGGUGUCCCGCAGCAAAAGCAAGCUCAAGUGCCCGAUUUUGGCUAUUUGGGGGGUAGCUUUUCUUACAUGCAUUCAGAUUACGGUCAUUCAGAUAGGAGUGCUCUCCAUCCAACUCUACCAAUUACAAAGCACGAAAAUAAUGGUCUCAUGUCUCCUUCUCCCAAGGACUCCUAUGCAUCAAAUCAGGUACAGUCCAUGGAGGGUUCUCCUGAUCCUUCUUUUCAGGUGGCUGCUAUGACAAUAAAUGAAAAGGCGGAGAAGUUAUUCCACCAAUCCGGAGUUAAGGUUGAAAAUAACCGUGAUCUUGAAGGGGUUGGCAUGGGGAUUCCAGCAGAAUUAGGAUCCUCAGUUGUACAGGAGUGCUCUUCUAUAAGUUCUGGGUUGGAUGAAAAUUCAGAAGAAGCAGCUAAUUUUCAUCAGCUUCAACGUGUCAUGGAACAGUUGGACAUACGGACAAAGCUAUGUAUAAGGGAUAGCUUGUACCGGUUGGCUCGGAGUGCUGAACAAAGGCAUAGACAUGCUAAUCUCAAUAAUGGCUCUGGAGAUGAUGGAGGGGCCAGCGGAUCACUGAUUAGCGAGGGAACAAACAAGUCCACAGGAUAUUUGGACAUCGAAACAGACACGAACCCUAUAGAUCGAUCUAUUGCACAUUUGCUGUUCCACAGGCCUUCAGAUUCAACUGUAACCCCUGCCCGUGACUCCUGGACUUUGAAGUCGCCUUCCUUGAAUCAAUGGCAGAUUCAUGGGUCAUUGUCUAGCACGCCAGUGAUGGGUGAGAACUUGAUUUCUCAGGGAGAAAUUGCACCUCAAACAGAUAGAACUGAUCAUUGACCAUAACUAUUUAAGAAGCAAAUGAUGGUGUCUACUCUCAAUCCUUGUGGGAGGUCACGUACAGAAAUUAUCAAGAUCUCUUACAAGGAACCUUUAUGUUUUCAGUGUUAUGUGGGGGACCCCGGUUUCUGGUCCAUGUUAGACCAUAUCGUUGUAUGAGCUUUCACAAUCAGGUUACUUUUGUUUCCUUCUAUCCCAUCUGUAGUGACUGUAACCCUUCUACACUUAGAAGGCAUACAAAAACAACCAUUCUUGUGUAUACGUAGAGUGGACCAACUGACUCUUUUUGUUGUCUGUAUGUAAGUAGAUAAUACCUGGAAAGUUUCCAUAAACUGAUAUUUGCAAGUGCGGAAGAUGCUCCGACCUGUUCGUUUA